AUGCGAUUCGACCUCCGCCUCCCCAUCUUCAUCCUCCUCCUCACCCUGGGCGCGACCCACGGCGUAUACGCCCUCGGAUCGGCGUACACGAUCCCGGGCGUCGGCCGAGUCGAGUUCCGCGUCGGACCGGGUCGCGGACAGCUGUGUCUGCACGGCGUCGCAACCUGGUGGCUCUCGCGCCCCGACAGCGACGAGGAGCUCAACAUCGCGUGCCGCGGUGCGCCGGGCAGCGUCGAGUGUCGACCCCACCCUCAGCGUUUCUGCUUCGCGCUCAACGAUUGCGCCUUCCGCCGCAAGGCCUUCAUCGAGCCCUGCUACACUGCCUUUUCCCGUGAUCCCUCAGUCUUUGAGGGCAUCGAGAGGAUGUUGGCCAACCCGCUCCGUGAUAUCGGCGUGCGAGGUGGGUCUCUCGAGUCGUCCCUGCGUGUCGAGGCGGAACAGGGUCGGACCUGCCAGACCGCUCGACUGACGUCGCCGCCGGGAUGUUCGCCCCCCGCCUUCCUUUCCUGCCCCGACUCGAGCGCCUGCUAG